CUCGAAAGCACCCGAGCGAGCUACAACCAUGUCAUUCCACCUUGAACAUCACUUCCCUCCUUCAAGCCCGAUUCCUUGAAAGGCACCCGCACCACGAUCUUUUACUCACCCAAGUCUCAGCCUCGUCUGUCUUUGUUCCAUCGAUUAACGCUCCUUAUUUAGAGAGACGGAACCUAUGACGUUGCGGCACUGAGUUAGCUGAAUUCGAACAUAAAACGCUUGACUUUGGCUUUUAUCUUGUUAACUCCUGCGCAUUGCUCUGCAAGAUUGGAAAGGCUUCAAUUGUGGCAUCGUUUGGCAAGGCUCUCAUACACUGAGCCAAGGAUCGACAUCUCCGCUCUUUUCUCGCUCGGACUUUUACAGCUGGUUACGAGGGACACGUACGCUCUUUUAUUCCUUGGGCGACAGCUUUACACAGCAGACUGGCAUCAGAGUGAAUUCGCGUUAGGCAAAAUGCCUCCAUCACAGAAAGCGGCUGCCAAAAAGCCGCGCAUGACGUUGGCACAAGUGUCAGCAUAUGAUGACAUUCUCACUGACGCCCUGGUCGAUCAUGUCUUUUACUGGACAACGGUCCCCAAAAACCGCACAUCAUAUCAUCCAUCAAGAGGCGUGAGGGAGGAGGAGAUCGCUAAGAUCUUGCAAGAGGAGGUGGUUCUCAAGAAGGACUUGGAAAGUGCUGAGAAGCGAUUGCUGGCAACAAACGGGCUAAAACGGUUUCACAAUGGAUUGAAGACCGACAAUGAAAAGGAGAAUUUCCGACGGCAUCUCAGACGUUAUGUUCAAAUUUACCUUCCGGAUUGUCCGUGGGAGGUCAGCUCGACAAACCGAUACACAAUUGUUACUCACGAGGCUGCCGUAACAGCCAGACGACCUAUCCGACGUAACGAGGCCAUUAAAUAUUUAUCCGGUGUUCAAGUCAUCAUCACGCCAGAGGAGGAAAAGGCCAUCUCAUCUCAGAAGAAGGACUUUAGCAUUGUUGUUAGCUCACGAAGCAAGUGCACCAGCCUGUUUAUGGGACCUGCCCGCUUUGCCAACCACGAUUGCGAUGCGAACGCCAAACUUAUGAGGACAAGCCACGCAGGAAUCGAGAUUGUCGCAACAAGGCCGAUUGAAGCGGGAGAGGAGAUUACGGUCACUUACGGAGAUAACUAUUUCGGCGAGAACAACUGCGAGUGUUUGUGCAGGACAUGCGAGGAUCUUUUACGGAAUGCUUGGGAACCAGAAGAUGGCACAGUGCCAGUGAAAACUAGUAUUGAGCAGGAAAAGUCAGAAGGUUACUCGUUACGGCGACGGCGAAGAGAUGACAGUAUCUCCGGCUCUUCACGGACACCAUCAGUCACUCCCGAUAUGCGACCACGGAUUACAAAAGCGACUUCAAGAGGAUCAAAGCUAGCUCGCGAUUCAUCAUCUGCCAGGUCUCCACCCGCCGAGCAAACCAAUAAUCGAAAGCGACAGCAUGAUAGUCUGGCAACACCGCCCAAGACUCCAGCGAAGCGACAAAAGAUUUCGGCUGAGAAGACUGUAAUUAUUAUUGACGAUUCGUCGCGCAGUACAUCUGUCACUGCCAGUGAAACUUCAAGUGGCGUUGUCGAGACAGAUGUCACUUCGCCAGAGAAGGAGACUCCAGAGCCUCUAGGACAUACUCCAUUGAAAGGGAAUGCGAACAAGGGUAGUCAACAGACAGAGGGAGCACCAGUUUCGCCGCAGAGCAGUCAAGGUUCACGAUCACCGCAGCAAGCGGCUGAAAUAACGAGAGAGAGAACCCGUCGAAGUGGCCUUGAGAGUAUGACUAUCCAGGCCAUUCUAAACGCUCCUCUGGAGACUGAGGUUGAAAGUGAACCUGAACCGGAAAAGCUCAAGGAAGCAACUGUGGUACCUCCACCAACCGAGCCUAUUGCAACCAGUAUUGAAACUGUCGAAGACAGUCAAGUGGCUGAUGAGGAUCAGCCAAAACGAAAGAAAUAUCAACGUCGUGUCUAUAAGGAAGAUACGCCUCCAUCUAGAGUGCGGGUGCCGGGAGAUUACCUCCUUACACCGUUACUUUUAUCAGAACCUGAGAUGGCCUGGAUCCAGUGUACCAUCUGUGACGGUUACUUUGUACAACAGAACGCAUAUUUUACACGAGCUUCAUGUCCUCGAUGCGAACGGCACUCGAAGCUUUACGGGUACAUCUGGCCCAAGACGGACAAGGCCGGACCGCAUGACAAAGAAGAGAGAAUUCUGGAUCACCGCACCAUCCAUAGAUUCUUGGAUCCCGAUGAUGAGCGAAAAGUGAGAUGUCGCAAGAGUUUUGGAAAUCUCAAGACAGACACAGAAGAAACGGAAGAGCUCGAGCGGGGCCGGAAGCGACACAGCACAUCAGGCUUAAUGGGGCGAACGGGUCCAUCAACAGAACAAGACUCAGGCCAUCGAAGAAGCGGAAGGCUUCGUCGAGUGAACAGUAGGUUCCUCGACCCAUGAUGAACAUACGUGGAGAACUGUUGGACAUAAUUCGGACCGAGCAUGUUUUUUUUUGAGGCGAGCGGGAUUUAUAAUUGUAUAUUUUAUUUUAACGGCAUUGCUAGACCAAGAGGCCUAGUUUAGAUAACUGACCCACCAUCUGGACAACGUUAUUUAUUAUAAAUGUUUCAAUGCAUCGAAAGAACCAA